GGCUCCCAGGCCGGCGCGGCGACGUGCGCGUGCGCGCGCUGGAAAAGCAAGGCGGAAGCGGAAGUCGGGGGGGCGCGCCAGCCGCGAGCAACGGGGCGCGUACCGCGACGGUCCGGUCCGGUCCGGGGUAGCCAUGGGGCGAGGCAGUGGCACCUUCGAGCGUCUCCUAGACAAAGCCACCAGCCAGCUUCUGCUGGAGACUGACUGGGAGUCCAUCCUGCAGAUCUGUGACCUGAUCCGUCAGGGGGACACACAAGCAAAAUAUGCUGUAAAUUCCAUCAAGAAGAAAGUCAAUGAUAAGAAUCCACAUGUGGCCUUGUAUGCCCUGGAGGUCAUGGAGUCUGUGGUGAAGAACUGUGGCCAGACGGUUCAUGAUGAGGUAGCCAACAAACAGACCAUGGAGGAACUGAAGGAGUUGUUGAAGAGGCAAGUAGAAGUAAAUGUCCGGAACAAGAUACUGUACCUGAUCCAGGCCUGGGCACAUGCUUUCCGGAAUGAGCCCAAGUACAAGGUGGUCCAGGACACCUACCAGAUCAUGAAAGUGGAAGGACAUGUUUUCCCAGAGUUCAAGGAAAGUGAUGCCAUGUUUGCUGCUGAGAGGGCUCCUGACUGGGUGGAUGCUGAGGAAUGUCACCGGUGCAGAGUGCAGUUUGGGGUGGUAACCCGAAAGCAUCACUGCCGGGCAUGCGGGCAGAUCUUCUGCGGCAAGUGCUCCUCUAAGUACUCCACCAUCCCCAAGUUUGGCAUCGAGAAGGAGGUGCGCGUGUGCGAGCCCUGCUAUGAGCAGCUGAACAAGAAAGCAGAAGGAAAGGCCACCUCUACCACCGAGCUGCCCCCGGAGUAUCUGACCAGCCCCCUCUCACAGCAGUCCCAGUUGCCGCCGAAGCGAGAUGAGACAGCGCUGCAGGAGGAAGAGGAGCUGCAGUUGGCCUUGGCUCUAUCGCAGUCAGAGGCCGAGGAGAAGGAGAGGCUGAGACAGAAGUCAACAUACACAGCGCACCCCAAGGAGCCCACACCCCUGGCAUCAUCAGCGCCCCCAGCCAGCAGUCUGUACUCUUCUCCUGUGAAUUCAUCAGCACCUCUGGCUGAGGACAUCGACCCUGAGCUUGCACGGUACCUCAAUCGAAACUACUGGGAGAAAAAGCAGGAAGAGGCUCGGAAGAGCCCCACACCAUCCGCACCUGUGCCCCUCACAGAGCCAGCUGCCCAGCCUGGGGAGGGGCACACAGCCCCUGCCAACAUGGUGGAGGCUCCCCUCCCGGAGACAGACUCUCAGUCUAUGACUCCCUCUGGUGGCCCAUAUAGUGAGCAGCAGUACCAGAACGGGGAGUCAGAGGAGAGCCACGAGCAGUUCCUGAAAGCCUUGCAGAACGCUGUCACCACCUUCGUCAACCGCGUGAAGAGUAACCACAUGCGGGGCCGCAGCAUCACCAAUGACUCGGCUGUGCUGUCCCUCUUCCAGUCCAUCAACGGCAUGCACCCGCAGCUGCUCGAGCUCCUCAACCAGCUGGACGAGCGCAGGCUGUACUAUGAGGGACUGCAGGACAAGCUGGCACAGAUCCGUGAUGCCAGGGGGGCACUGAGUGCCCUGCGCGAGGAGCACCGGGAAAAGCUGCGCCGGGCAGCAGAGGAGGCUGAGCGCCAGCGUCAGAUACAGCUGGCCCAGAAGCUGGAGAUCAUGCGGCAGAAGAAGCAGGAGUACCUGGAGGUUCAGAGGCAACUGGCCAUCCAACGCCUGCAGGAGCAGGAGAAGGAACGGCAGAUGCGUCUGGAGCAACAGAAACAGACCGUCCAGAUGCGCGCUCAGAUGCCUGCCUUCCCCCUGCCCUAUGCCCAGCUCCAGGCCAUGCCCUCGGCUGGGGGUGUGCUCUACCAGCCCUCAGGCCCAACCAGCUUUCCUGGCACCUUCAGCCCAGCAGGCUCAGUGGAGGGCUCCCCCAUGCAUGGUGUCUACAUGAGCCAGCCAGCGCCAGCCGCUGGCCCCUACUCCAGUAUACCCAGCAACGCAGCAGAUCCCAGCAUGGUGAGCGCCUACAUGUACCCAGCAGGGACUCCUGGGGCACAGACAGCCCCCCAGGCCCAGGCUGCACCCACCGCUAGCCCUGCCUACUCAUCUUAUCAGCCCACUCCUACCCCAGGCUACCAGAAUGUGACCUCCCAGGCCCCACAGAGUCUCCCAGCCAUCUCCCAGCCGCCACAGUCUGGUACCAUGGGCUAUAUGGGGAGUCAGUCAGUGUCCAUGGGCUACCAGCCUUAUAACUUGCAGACUCUCAUGACCACCCUCCCUGGCCAGGAUGCAUCUUUGCCACCCCAGCAGCCCUACAUCACAGGGCAGCAGCCCAUGUACCAGCAGAUGGCGCCCUCCGGUGGCCCUCCCCAGCAGCAGCCGCCAGUGGCCCAGCAACCACCAGUGGCAGGUCCACCAGCACAGGGCAGUGAAGCCCAGCUCAUCUCAUUUGACUGAUCCAGGGUGCAAAGCUCACUGUCCAGAGUAACACUACAAUUCUUUGGAAGCCGCCUCUGUGUCUAACUAGCUUUCCCCUCCCAUCUCCCUCUCCCCUUAUUGCCCUGUAGUGUCCCUUCUUGUGUGAGCAGGGGGUGGGCCCUGGCCCUAGCCCCCCAUCCCCUGUCCUCCGACUGCUGGCUCCUGUCACAGCUCCCGGCUUUGGUCCGUCCUGACUUGUCUCUGACUUCUUUCCCUAGGACUGCAUCUCUGGGAGGGAAGGAGGGGACAGUAAGGACCUUCUGGGGGAGCCCCAGUCCUGUGAACAGUAGCUGGCAUGGGAACCCUUAGCCUGGUGCAGCUUGCACCUGUCCUAAGUAAGCUGGCUGUGGUGUCCAGGCAUGGCCCUGGGUCUCUGCACAGUUAAGAGUGGAGGCUUCAGGCAUCUUGAACUUCUCUGCUUGUCCGCUGUUGUCUCUCCAGUGCGGAACAGUGAUAAUAAAUAUUUCAAAAAUAAGAGUGUUUGGUUGGAACAGGUGCAUCCUGAGGCCAGCAUGUCCCCAACCCAGGUCCACAGGCAAUUGGGCAGUGCCUAGUGCUUUCUGGUGUCAACAAAAUACUAGAAACUGCAUAUUUAUAAAGAAAAAAUGUAUUUCUUACGAGGUGCAAAGCACAAGGUUGAGGGGCCUUGUUCUGUUGAUGACCAUGCUGGUGGGGACUCUGCAGCUUCCCAUCUGGUGCAGGGCAGAGCGGCUUUUACAGCGAACCCACUCAGGACAGCCCCGAUCCCCACGACAGGGUCUAAGCGCCUGGUGAAGUUCUCACCGUAGGGGUCAGUUUCGACCCCGGCGCUUGUCAUCGGUUUCUGGACAUUCCACACCUCAUUCCAAAACCCUGCGAGGCUGCAUCCUCAGUUGGAAUUGGAGGGGGUGGAGGGACGGGCUCCGCAACCACCGUGGCGCCUGGGGCUCUAUCCGUGAGAAGGCAGGACCGUCGUCCCCCUGUCCCCCGGGCCCUGGCCGGCCCCGAGCGUCUGGGAGGGAGAAACUGCCGCCACAGGGACCUUGGGAACAGCCAGCCCCGACGCGUCCCAUCCCGUCCCGUCCCGGCUGCGCGGCGCGCCGCCUUGUGGGUAACUGCGCGCGCGCGGCUGCUGGAACCGCCCUCCCCUGUCCGAGUACUCUGCGGCUUCAC